AUGACAUCAAAAAAUGCAUCUACAGUAACAACUUCUUCAUCAUCAAUCAAGUUAAAUCCAGGAUGUCAUAAAUUAAAAACGAAGACAAGACAUUUAUCCCCUAUCCCAUUGAUUGAUCUGACAGAAGAUGUAGAAAAUAUACAUCAAGUGAACAAUGAAAAUCUUAUAGUUGGUAUCUCAAAUGAAUAUUUGGAUCAUGGUGAUCAAGUUGUUGUAUGUCAAACAUGUCGUGCAAAGUUAUGGAGAAAUGAAUCCAUUAGAGGUAAAGAAAAGGAGAACACGGAUUAUUCAUUAUGUUGUGGUUACGGCAAAGUUCAACUUCCAGAUUUAAAGAAUGCACCCCCGACUUAUGAAAGAAUGUUCCGAAAUAUGGAUUCAAAAAGCAAACACUUCAUGAAAAACAUUCGACGUUACAAUUCAAUGUUUUCUUUCACGUCGAUGAGUGGUAAAAUUGAUUCUUCAAUCAAUAGAGGAAACGCUCCAUACAUUUUCAGAUUGGGUGGUUAA